UAAAGAGUUAUAAUAUUUACUGUAAAAUACAUGCUUUUUAGUGAAUAUUUACUAAAAUAAUGUACACUUUUUUCGGUGGUAAUUUUAGGUUGGCAGCAAGCAUCGUGAAAAAUCUGGGGCUUAUUUUGACAUUUGACAGUAUGGAACGUGAAAACUUAACCCUCUGUUAAUAAAAUCGCUUUAUAAUGUUAAAAAAUACCGAAAAUAUCGUUUUCACAAUGAUAUAAUGGUUCGUUUUAUUUAAAUUUCAAGCAGUCACAUCGUAAUGGAUAUCAGUGACGUGCAAAGCAUUGAAUUUUUGGAUCUGAGUGAAGUGGAGGAACAUGAGAGAUCCAGGGUGCUCUCUUCGCUUCAGAAGAUCGAUUCAAGUGUACAGUUGCCAUGGAUCAAGCAAAAAAAGAAAACUCACUAUCCAGAUGCUCGCCUUAACAAAACAACCACUUCCAAUACCAACAAGUCAAUUCACAAUAACGCAGUCCACACCCCUCCGCCGCACAUGCAACCGGCCAUACCGGUAUACAACAACAUACCGAUGGCCAUAGUGACACACAACCGGCAGCAGUACGAGUACAUGCCGGUGCACUACGUGUACCAACCGAACGUUUUGCCCGGCAACUGCGCCGCCAUCUACUACAACAACGCGGUGCCGUCGCCGCCGUACGCGCCCAUGCUGCUGAACAACGUGUACCGGAUGCCGGCCAAGCCGGCGCUCGAGCCGGUAACCUUCCCGGCGAGCUUCGACGGCCCGCCGCACCGGGAAGUGAUCACUUUCAGCGAGCCGGUUCAGUUUCAAAGCAACGUCGUCGAGUUGCCGGUUGUCGAGUUGCCGGUGCAACCGGCGGUCGAACCGGAAUCGCCGGUGCAAAACGGCGAGCCGCGGGAGCCGGUAGUGGUUUCUCCGGCGGCUGAGGAAAAACCGGUAGAGGUGCCGGCUCCGGCUCCGGCCAGCAAGUCGUGGGCGAGCUUGUUCAAUUCGUCGAAGAAAAAUUCCGACGUUCAGUCCGGCGCUGUUGCCAAGUCUCAGACCGUUUCCGUCGAGUCUAACAACAAUGAGAUCGUUUGCCCGUUCAAGAAUCCCAAGAAGAUUAUUUAUGAUCCUGAUUGUUACAGGAUGGGAGAAUUCUUGAUCGAUUACGCCGUCGACGGCAAAACGGUGUCGCUGCAGCCGCGCGGCCUGAUAAACCAGAGCAACUACUGCUACGUGAACUCGAUCCUGCAGGCUCUGAUAGCGUGCCCGCCCAUGUACAACCUCGCGAGCGCCCUGGCGCGAAACAUAACCUCGAACUCGAAGCGCAAGCCGACGCCGGUGAUCGACGGCGUGUGCCGCUUCGUCGGCGAGUUCAACCACCUGCCGGCGGGGCAGCGCGUCGGCCGUCGGCAGGACAAGGGCGGGAAGAAGGAGCAGACGUCGUGCUCCUCCUCCUCGGCCGCCGUCAGCUGCGACGCGCCGUUCGAGGCCUCGUGGAUCUACAAGCUUUUGAACGGCAUCAGGUCGGACUUGAUCGAGGGCCGGCAGGAGGACGCCGAGGAGUUCCUGGGCUGCCUGCUCAACGGCCUCAACGACGAGAUGCUCGAGCUGAUCAAGUUGGUGAAAAACGACGAACCGGAAGCGCGGCCGCAGAGCGCGAACGCGGUGGAGGGGGACGCGGCGGACGAGGGGGGGAAGGAGUGGCUGGUGCAGGGGAAGAAGAAGGCGAGCGUGACGCGCAGGACUGAUUUCGAUAGAACUCCCAUCAGCGAUAUUUUCGGCGGGUUUUUAAAGUCCAGGAUUCACCGGGCCGGCGAUCACGAUACCGAAAAUAUCCAGCCGUUUUUCACCUUGCAAUUAAACAUUGAGCAUGUUAAUAGUGUUUCCGAAGCGCUGGAAGCCUUGAUCACGAAGAACCAGCUGGAAGGCAUAACGUCGUCGAAAACCAACGAGGAGGUUGAGGCGUGGCAGCAGGUCAUGAUCGACGAACUUCCGGUGGUUCUCAUUCUGCAUUUAAAAUGUUUCGACUUCAAGCCGGACGGCUGCAAAAAGAUCCUCAAGGCUCUGGACUUCCCCAUCGAUUUGAAAAUCGACUCGAAGUUGCUCUCGAAGGCGAACAGCCACCCAUCCAAGAAGCAGUACAAGCUGUUCGCGGUGGUGUACCACGACGGUAAGGAGGCCAGUAAAGGGCACUACGUUACCGACGCGUUUCACGUCGGCUUCAACAGCUGGUUGCGGUACGACGACGCGUCCGUGAAGCCGGUGAGCGAGGAUCACGUGAUGAAGCCGCAAGGCACCAGAGUUCCGUAUUUGUUAUUCUAUCGGCGUAGCGAUACUAUUAGAAGCAAAUAAAAACAAAUUUUUCGCCUAUAUACUGUUAUUAUUUUUAAGCAUCUUAUUUUAAUAAAUGAUCUUUAUAUAA